AUGAUAUCAAAACAGCUCGUUAAGAUAACAAUAUUAAUUUCGUUCAUCAUCAACGUAUCGUGCGUGGGAGAACCUCCAGUGGAAACAAUCAAACAAUGGAAUUUAAUAUCCUUCGAUUUCCCUUACGAGUGGCCAGUACACGACAAAGAUUUAUUCAAUCCGGAACAGAUUGUUGUAACAGGCUUAGAAAUCGGUAAGAAUCGGGUUUUCCUUGCUUUGCCAAGACUUUUCUCUGGCGUUCCCGCAACAAUUGCGUCAGUUAGCAGAGAUACAAUAGGAGAUUCUCCUGUGUUAAAUGCAUAUCCAGAUUGGACUCACCAUUCAGCUGGUGUCAAGCAAUAUAAUUGCAGUGAUCUGGGUCUAAUAUCUGUCUAUCGAUUGAAAAUUGACUCGUGUAAUCGCUUGUGGGCACUCGAUGCCGGCGUUUCAAGAUCUCUUGAAGACUUCGAAGUUACGUGCCCACCCAAAAUUCUUAUUUAUGAUCUGAAUACAGAUCAGGUUGUGAGAAGAAUUGAUUUCCCCAAAGAAGUCGUCCGAAAAGAAUCCCUCUUCACAAACAUCAUUGUCGAUGAGACAACAUCACUCCCUGAGAAUCAUUGUGACGAUGCUGUUGUUUACAUCACCGACACUGUCGAACCAGCUCUUGUGGUGUACGAUUCGGGACGUGACUUGACUUGGAGAUUAAGCCAUCCAUCGAUGUAUGCCGAUCCUGCCUUUUCAGAAUCACGAAUCGGAAAUGAUCGUUUUAAUCUUUCCGAUGGAGUUGUUGGUUUAGCCUUUGAUGAAGAAUCAAGAACGGUUUAUUUCCAACCUCUGGCAACUGACAGGCUCUUUUCCGUCUCAACUGCUGCCCUACGUGCUGGACCGUUACCUGUUGGAAAAGAAUUGCCUGUAAAAUUAGUUGGGAAAAAAUCUUCACAAGGCAUCGGAUUGGGAGCAAGUCCAUAUGGUGGAAAUAUUUUCUUCGCUCCCCUCACUGAAACAGCGAUUGCACAAUUCAAUCCAAAGACGAAUGAACAGAAGGUCCUGGCGUAUGAUUACGAAACGCUACAAUUCAUUGCCGAUUUUAAAACAACCAAAAAUGAUCCAAGUGCGCUUUAUUUCGUAUCGUCACGUUUCCACCGAUUCUUUUUGAAAAGUAUUAAUCCCUACGAAAUUAAUACGAGAAUUCUACGAAUUAAUAACGUUGUGCAGUCAAGCCCAUCAAUUCCAUUUGCACCAGUGCUUCCGUCAUACCAGCAAAAUGGAUUAAAUCAGUACUCACUUCCUGAUAUUGCAACAGCGCCUGCUCACACUUUUGCUUACCAAGCAGCUGCACCUUCACUUUCUCCAAUAUAUCCACACCAUCAGCAAUAUCCAACUUCAGCAUUUUCAUCAAACUACGUCUCCAAAAAUGGAUUUUCUAAUUAUAAUUUCGCACAACAUUAUCCAACAAAAAACAUCUACCCGACAUCACCCGUUUACGGCCCUCCAACUAACACUUUUCCAUUCGUUCACAGCUCCACAAGGCCUGUUUAUAAAUUUCAGGAACCACAGCCAUACAAUUACGAGCAAUUUAGUGUGAUAGACAGAAGGAAUAGUUAUCCGUUUCAAAAGCUAAACGCUGGUGAAACUCUACCACAACCCAACAAUCUGGUGAACCUGAAUUUUGGUUACAGUGGCAAUGCUUAUAAAUAUAAUCGGUUUGCUCGUAAUCUCUUGCAAAAUACGACUUCUUAUCAUUGAUAGUAGUUAGAGAAAAAUCAAGUUUUAGACUCUUAUAUGACGUCAAAUCUGCAUAUGUACAUAAAUGAUUGAUCCAUUUCCUUCCAUGCACUAAAACCCUUCCAAUUAUUUCAUUUUUCCUCUUUACACUUUGAGAGAUUUCUUUCUUCUUUAACACUUUCAUUUCAUUCACUUAAGUUGUGCAUCAAUGUGCUAAAGUUUCAUCGUUGGUGUACACUGAAAGAUGUUUGAAGUACUUCUGAGAAUGUCAUCAUUGUUUCCUUUCUUUUAUCUUCUUAACUUUUAUGUGCUUUUCUCGCAAAAUCAAGUUGACUUUGAGGUUGCAAUCUGCUACUACUUUCUCAUUCUUUCUAACUACUGACUUAAGAAUAUCUUAAAUAAUCCAGCAUUGUUCCACAUCUUGUAUAGUUUUUCAUAUUCAUCUCUCUGAUGCUUUCAUUCUAAUAUUUACAUUGCUAAUGCACAUUUUCAUAUCACCAGAUGCAAGUUUUUCCAACAGGAGAUGAUAAGAAAGAUAAAACAUAACUUAACAUAAAUUACACAGUUUUGCAUCUCCCUUGAGUGUUCAACUUAAAAAAAACUUUUUUCUCAGCUGAUGAGACUGGAAUUGCUGCAGCAAACCAGACAAUGACAAACAAAAUGCAGGAGAAAACCAGAAACUGUAAAAAAAAAUUCAUUGUUAGCCAUAACUUUUUGCAUUUUGAGAAUGUAAAUUUGAAAUGAUUUUAUAUUUAUUUUAUUAUCAAGAUUAAAUUUUUCUUUCCUUAUGAGAUUAUUUGCUUUAGCUGAAGUAUUUCUUUUUAUCAUUAUUUCAAUUCUUGAGAUUCUUUUGAACGUUGUUUGCUUUGACAUUACAAUGAUUUAUGUGAAUAUUUGUAGAAACUUUUUCAGAGCAAUAAAAAUAAUUUAACUUACUUGAAUAAAAUAA